AUGCGCAGCUUUAUUGUAUUGUGUUUGGUCGGUGUGGCUUGCGCCGACAAAUUGGGUUACAACUACAGACCCGUUGAGCACUCACACUCUGGAUUAUCAUUCGCACCUGGCUCUGUCGGUGGUGGCUUUUCCUCAUCUUAUGGUGGUCCAUCUAGCUCGGGAUUCUCUUCUGGUGUAGGUGGUGGUUUGGCUGGUCCAGUAUCUUAUAAUGCUCCCGCUAGCUCUGGUGGCUAUGAAACAGAAUACUACACAUUCACUGCCCCUGAAGGUGCUUUCGAUGAUCCCGAAGCUGCUCAAAGGAUUGCUGCCUCUUUGAAGAAGAAAGUUCGUGUUGUUUUCAUUAAGAACCCAGAAAAUAAAGGUUACGAAAAUGCUGUACUUGCUUUGGCCAAACAAGCUGCCGAACAAAAGACCGCCAUCUAUGUUCUCAACAAACAACAUGAUAUCUCUGGAUUGGCUGACAAAUUCAAUGCCAUUCGCAACAACCAAAACAGCAGACCCGAAGUACACUUUGUUAAAUACCGCACCCCCGAGGAUGCUGCCAAUGCCCAAAGAGCCAUUCAAGGCCAAUACGAUUCUUUGGGAGGUUCAUCUCAAAACCACAACGGCGGUGUUGCUCCUGUUCUUAACUUUGCUUCUCAAGCUCCCCAUCAAUCCCAUGGUUCAAUUCAAUCGCCAAAUGGUGUGUAUUUGCCUUCAUCCGUAUUCCGUCGCUUCCGUGUUUAAGAGUGAAGUGAAACGAAUUCGUAACUUGAAUUGUUGCUAAUGAUCAACUGUUGUGUUAAGUGUUAAUUGUUUAAUGAAUUAAUUUAUUAUUAAAGUGAAUA